UGUAGCUCCAAAGUCCGAGUUUCUGGGGGCCGAGUGAUCCGAUUCUUUCAUUUGGUGCUGGACACCAGCAGUACUAUACGGAUUUUGUUGCCCUGAUGUUAUAAGCAUGGUGCAACUUCCUUCGUUGAAUCUUCGAGCCUCCGUUUAUCUCCACGCUCCUUUCGUUCGGACAGCAUCAAGACUAUGAGGUUUCUCCAGCUUGCGGCGUCUCUAAGUCUGCUGGUAAGAUCGGGGCAGGCAAUAGACUUAGUCAUAGGGAAUGAUGACUCGGUCAAGUCCGCCGCCAGCACAAUAGCCUUUGGGCUCGCCAAGUAUUAUACGGGUAACAACACGGGCGAUACGCCAGGGAAUCUCCCCGACCCCUAUUUCUGGUGGGAAGCCGGGGCCAUGUUCGGCGCUCUGAUCGACUACUGGGCACUGACCGGAGACGAAUCCUACAAUGCAAUCACGAAGCAAGCCAUCAUCCACCAAGCCACCGAGAAGGGAGACUUCAUGCCCCGCAACCAAACGCGCACGCUCGGCAACGAUGACCAGGGCUUUUGGGGAAUGGCAGCCAUGUCUGCCGCCGAGAACAAGUUCCCGAACCCGCCAGACGAUCAGCCGCAGUGGCUCGCCAUGGCCCAGUCCCUGUUCAACCAGUACGUCUCCCGAUGGGACGAGGCAAGCUGCAGCGGCGGCCUCCGGUGGCAGAUCUUCACCUUCAACAACGGCUACAACUAUAAGAACUCCAUCUCCAACGGCUGCUUCUUCAACAUCGCGGCGCGGCUGGCCCGCUACACGGGCAACGAGACGUACGCCACGUGGGCGAGCAAGAUCUGGAACUGGCAGGAGGCCAUCGGGCUGAUCAGUGACGACCACCACGUGCACGACGGCGUGCACAUCGACCUGGACGACAACACGUGCAAGACGGUCGACGUCAACGAGUGGAGCUACAACUCGGGCAUCUUCCUGCACGGCGCGGCGGUCAUGUACAACUUCACCAACGGGUCGUCGACGUGGAAGACGCGCGUCGACGAGAUGCUCACGGCCGCCACGACCGUCUUCUUCAACGACACCAUCAUGUUCGAGCAGCUCUGCGAGCCGACGGGCUUCUGCAACAACGACCAGCGCUCCUUCAAGGGCUACCUCACCCGCUGGCUGGCCGCCACUUCGCAGAUGGCGCCGCAUACCUUCGACAAGAUCCGCCCCUUGCUCGUCGCCGACGCCGCGGCCGCCGCCAAGGCCUGCACCGGCACCGCCGACCCGCCCGUGUUCAAGGGCCACCCGGGCACCGCGUGCGGCUUCCGCUGGACCACGGGCGGGUGGGACGGGAAGGCCGGCGUGGGCGAGCAGAUGAAUGCGCUGUCGGCCAUCAUGUACACGCUCGUGGACAAGGUGGCCCCCCCCGUGACGGCCGACACAGGCGGCACGUCCAAGGGCGACGUGGACGCCAAGUGGCAUGAGGAGGAAGUUCCGCGAGAGAUUACGCCCGGCGAUCGGAUCGCGGCAGGGUUUGCCACGACGGCGGUUGUCUUUGGCUUGGUGGCCGGCUGUGCGUUUGUUAUGAUCUGAGGGUUGUUGAGCCCGGCAAUUCUUCUUUUUUGGGUAUAGAAUAAACACCGGUAAGGGUUGGAUGGGCCCGGGGAUAUUUAAGGUGAAUCAUGAUCAAGGCGUUAGGGGGCACGGCAUUCCUAGGAAA